UGUUUUACUCUUGUUGAUGCUAACUAUAAGUUUUUAUAUGUGGAUGUUGGGGCAACUGGGCGGGCUGGGGAUGCUGGUGUGUUUCUCGAUUCAUCUUUGAAGAAAGCUUUAUAUACGAAGACCCUUCGAUUGGAAGCCCCACAAAAUAUUGAAGGAAUUACUACAAAAAUAUGCUAUCACAUUGUUGGUGAUGAUGCAUUUCCAUUACGAAAAGAUAUCAUGAAACCUUAUCCACACCGAAGUUUGGACAAACCUAAGAAAAUCUUCAACUACACGCUGUCAAGAGCAAGGCGUGUUGGAGAAAAUGCAUUUGGCAUUUUAGCCAACAGAUUUAGAGUGUUUCUAACAACAAUUAAGCUUCACCCGGACAAAGUAGUUGACAUUAUUCUUGCUGCAUGUUGCCUACAUAAUUUUCUGGUUGAACAAAACAAGAACAACUAUAUCAGUGUUCAAGACGUUGAAGAUGUUGAGCAUUUGAACUUCAUGAAUGGCCAGUGGAGAG